CGUAGCCAGACCCAUCCCCCUUUUUGAUAAUUGGACGGCGGGGGAAGGGUCUGGUGGAAUGAGCAAUGCCCACUCAUUUUUGUUGCCACCAGACUUCCGGUGGCCCGACCAGAACCACGUGUUUUAUUUAUAGCAUGCGUCAUUAUUCAUCAUCACUUAGACAAGAGCUAGAGCUGCUUGAGACUGUGGAGAAGUGCUAUCGCUAGCUCGCUAUGAGUUGCUUGUUUUGUAAGGCCGAUGUGAAGAAAGGUGCAGGUAAAAAGAAAAGAAAACUCAUCUUUGGGAAGAAGUCUGAGCAUGUCUUAAGCAUCCUUGAUAGCCUGUGCUUAUUUUAUUAUAAUAGAAAGUUCUCUGAUGCACAGCCAGUGAAUCACGACGAGCGGCUUUGGGUCUGUCACAGGUGCAUAGGAACUAUAAUGGAUUUACCAGUACUUUUACAAAGAGUUGCUGAUCUGAAGAAUAAUAUCCUUUGCUUUGUAAAGAACAGUGGGCUACUACCAGAAGCUCGAGCAGAAGCUGCAUCACUAAUUCCACCUGCUGAAUCUGAUGAUGUUGCCGCUUCAAGUGAGAAUGAAGAAUCCAGUCCAACAACACCCGCAGCAAGUGCUAAAGACAGCUCAGUUUUAGGCAAGAGAAAGAGAUCAGAUGGUUCUGUUGGAGUUGCUGUGGACAUUGAUUUUCCAUCAAGCAAAAAAAGGAUUCAGGUCAAAUCACCAUGGUCAAGUUUGAAUGUGAGAAGGAUACUCAACAAAAGUUAUAAUUCUCUUUCAUCAUCAAUUGCUACAUCAGAUCGGACACAAAAUGAAACUAUAGCUUCACUUAGUUAUUAGAAAGGAAAUGAAAGAUAUUUGUUCCCUGGACCAAGCUUCAAUUUUAAUGGAUGACGUGGAAGCCUUAAGGCAUUUCAGCUGGGAGAGUAUUUGGCUAGAGUUGAAGAGAUAUGUACCAACAAUAGUCAAAGUUUUAGUUGGCAUUCUAUCAGAUAGCAAAGAAGCACACAAGAUCAUUUCCUUGAUUGUUUGCAUGUUACUUAAAAACAGGUUUUCAAAAAUGUCCCUAUUGCAACGUGCCAUUUCAAUAAUGCUAUAUGC